AUGACCACGGCAGGUGUUUUUAUCCUCCUCUCCUUCGUGCUUUGCUGCUUCCCGGAUGCCGCCUUUGGGGUUGAGGUGGACUGCAGUACGUAUACCAACAUCACAAAUGAGGAGGGUAAAGAGGUGUUGGCCUGCACCAAGAUCUUCCGGCCCAUCUGUGGUACCGAUGGAGUCACCUACUCCAAUGAGUGUAUGCUCUGCGCCUACAACGUAGAGCAUGGAACUAAUAUUGGCAAAGACCAUGAUGGAGAAUGCAAGGAAGCUGUCCCUGCAAACUGCAGUGGAUAUUCCAACAUAACAGACGACAGUGGCAAAGUGCAGUUGCUCUGCAACAAAAUCUACCGUCCCGUUUGCGGUACGGAUGGGGUCACCUAUGAAAACGAGUGCCUGCUGUGCGCCCAUGACAUGGAGACUGGAACCAACGUUGAGAAGAAGCAUGAUGGUGAAUGCAAGAAAGAGAUUGUUACAGUUGACUGCAGUGAUCAACCUAAAACCUCCUGCACACUUGACUACCUGCCUCUCUGUGGCUCUGACAACAAAACAUACUCCAAUAAGUGUAACUUCUGCAGAGCAGUCUCGGACAGCAAUGGGACUCUCAUUUUAAGCCAUUUUGGACAAUGCUGAGUAUCAAUGCUGAGAGAAUUCACCACAGGAUCCCCACUGGCAAAUUCCAGCUGAAGAUCUCACCUCAGUUCAUCUUGCCCUCUGGGGAAUUCAGCUCACUCUUGAUUUUCUUUCUCAAUAAACUACAUCAGCAAC